CGUGAUUCUAGGCUGCGGUGCCGCCAUGGGCCUACACAAGUGCACAGGUGAGGAGAGGACAGGUCAGGCCCUAGAUGUGAUGACGGAGCAAUCAGUGGGGGAAGCGUGGCCGCGACGAUCGCAGAGCGCUGUGAGUGAGGCUGUGAGUCCUUUGCUUACGCGAUCAGUGGAUCCUGAUGCAACAGAUCCAGAUGAUCCGCUGCUGACCCCGGAGUCGAAUGAUGGGAAUGGCCGGUCGCAAAGUCAAAAGGAGCACCGCCUUUGUCUCAGCUGGUUUCAGCAGGCGCAGGUUAUCAAUGUCAAUGACGUGGAAAAUGACAACAGCGAAGAGUUCCAAGAAAACAUCACCUUUUUAGGCCGAGGUCGCACCUUGCUACGGACCCGCCCUUGGCUCUUAUAUGCGGCGUUGGGUUUCGUGUUUGCAGGACUGAUCUUGCUUCAUGCUUUUAGCUACGAAGGCACUCCUGAGGAGAACUCAGAUGUCUCGAGGACGAAUGUCUUGAAUCAAAAGGAAACACCUCCCAAGUUCUGGCUCAUGUGUCCCCGGGAUGGAGAGUGCGUUUGGUUUCGGAAGCCUGGUACCGACUGGAUCUACAAGUCCUUUGAGCGCAACGCCUGGGACGUAUCCAAUGAAAUCGAUGACCAGAUCUACCACCUGAGAGCCAUCCCACAGGACCUUUGGAAUUCAGUUCGCAGUAAAUGGAUACAAAGUCCACCGCACUUCAAGGGCAAGCCGGUGACUUUACCAGACUUGGCCGCAUUCAUGCGCGAGACCUUGCAACGAGAUCCUUUUUGGACAGGUGGUCAGAAGGUACCCUGGCUCGACCUACGUGGAGGUGGUUCAGGAGCCAGCAGUCAGAAGCAGGCAGUGAUCAUGAACCAAAGGCAGCUGGCAUUCAUCGUGAUUAACCUCCUCAUGGACAAUCAUUUGCAGGGUGUACGCACAGGUCUGGAUGCCGCUAUUCAGCGUUGCAACAAGGAGUCUGAUUUGGAAGCAGGUCUUUCUCCAGAUAUGUUGCACUUGAUCUUGGCGUUCCUAGCAACCCUCUCUCAAGAAUUGGGGAACACAGAUGGACCUUACUUGGUCGGCACAACUCCGGGAGCAGUGAAUGAAGCCUGGCUCGAAAAGGUGCUUGGCCAGCACGAGGCUGGCAAGUCCAUGAUCCAACCCAAACUAUGCAACACCGCAAAGUUACAGGCUGGCACCUGCGGCUUGAAGGAUUUUAUGGCUGGGGGUACACCAAAGCAGGCCCUCACCGACAUUGCUGGCAUGGACGUGGGUGGUGGUGCGCAGCUGUGCCGUGUGGCAAACAGUCAGGAUGAGUCAUUGGUGAUCUUUUAUCCGGAAGUUUUGGUGGCUUCAUUCUUCGUGGGGAAUGGGCAGAUGCUGCCAGUGCCCUUCACCAUGUUGGGUGCCAGGAGGUACUUAAGGCACAUCAGUGGCGAAACUGGAGCAGGUCCACCAUACGACAACUUAUGCGGCAAGGUGAGUGCGCCAGACUUCUUGAACUCCAACAUAAUGACAGACGUUGCGGACACAAAGGUUUCGAUGACUCCAGUGAAGAUCUAUGACAGUUCGUUUGUGGCGGUGGCCUCCUAUUGCAGCGAUUGUCACAGGGGCGAAUGCUCGGAGCCUGAGAUGUUCAACAAUCAGUGCGACAAUCAACGAAAGCACUUGGAUGAGGAUGUGUCAACCUGGCUGCAGGCUUACGAUUACCAGAACUAUCAUGACGCAGUGUCUACGGCGUUUGCUGCAGUGGUCACGCAGAUUGGAACUGGACCAUGGGGUGCUGGCUUGUGGCAGGGAGAUGCGCAGCAGUACUUCUUGACAGUUUGGCUUGCAACUAGUUUGCUUGACAACGUGCAGCUGGACUAUUACAUUUAUGACCAUUUCUGCGAGAAUGCAGGUCACCAGUGCUUUGUGCUUGGACAAAGCAUGUGCCAGACCUGCAUCCAAGACAGCGGCAUGAGCAGCAUUAUCAACAACCAGUACUGCGGUAGUCUUGGCGCACAAGAUAUGCUGGACAAGCUUGUCGACCAACCUGUGGAACAGGUUUAUUGGUUGGUGAAGAAUGUUGGGCCUCCUCCUCAUCAGGUUUUUGACUUGAUUGGCAGCAGUGUCAUGUGAACAUCUUCCGCGACGAUCCCGUCGCACGUGCCAUUGCCCAACCUGUCAUCUUUGACACCAGUAAGUAGCGAUGACGAAAUUAGUGCUGUACAGUUCGUAUCCAGUGGGAUUGGAUUGCCCCCAAUCCACCACAACUUUGCGGUCGCUCCUUAGGAGAAAUUCGCAUGAUCCUCGCUCAGUCGAUGUUUGUUUUUGGAGCUGACAUUGGAAAGAAUCAGCCGGGCUAGAGCGGCUAGAGCCGCUGAGCCUGAGAGCAUCUGAGAGCCUGAGCUGUGGGUCACAAUCAAACAGACAAGUGACGCAAGUGCCGUUGCACAUGCAGAUAGAUUAAGAUAGACUUCGAGCCCCUUGGACCAAGCGCUUAAAGCCAGGCUUAAAGCUUGAGCGUCAGCUGACACUUCAAGUAGCUGAGCUUGGGAAAUGGUUGGAGAGUCCCAAAA